AUGACAGCUGGCACCUCUGCUCCCAUUCUCUUCUCUGAAACAGCCUCUCACCACACUGUUCUCUCUCCCUGUCCCAUCACCUCUCUCGGAUCAGGAACAGGGGCCACGUCCUGUCUCCCUGAAUGGCUGCUCUACCAAGGCCGCUGCUAUGGGUUCUUCCCUGAAGAGGUGUCCUGGUCAGAAGCUGAGGUGCAGUGUCAAUAUCACCGCAAAGGGGCCCAUCUCGCCUCCAUUCUCAAUGGUGCAGAAGGGAACACGGUGGCCAGAUACAUCACCGAGUCAGGCUCCAAGGAUCAUGUCUGGAUCGGACUGCACGAUCCCCGGGAGAACAGACGCUGGAGGUGGACAGAUGGCUCCCCGUAUCGCUACAAGGCUUGGAACACCGGGGAACCAAACAAUCAAUAUGGUGUCGAGUACUGUGUCGAGCUGCUGCGCUACACGGAUUUUAAGAACUGGAACGAUAAAGACUGUCAUACGAAAAAUGGCUACGUUUGCCAGUAUGAACUCUAG